AUGGACUCCUCAUUUCCAGGCCGCCAUGAAACUACCACAAAACAAAAUAUGGACUCAUCAUUUCCAGGCCAUCAUGAAACUACCACAAAACAAAAUAUGGACUCCUCAUUUCCAGGCCGCCAUGAAACUACCACAAAACAAAAUAUGGACUCCGCAUUUCCAGGCCGUCAUGACACUACCACAAAACAAAAUAUGGACUCAUCAUUUCCAGGCAAUCACGAAACUACCACAAAACAAAAUAUGGACUCAUCAUUUCCAGGCCGUCAUGAAACUACCACAAACAAAAUAUGGACUCAUCAUUUCCAGGCCGUCAUGAAACUACCACAAAACAAAAUAUGGACUCAUCAUUUCCAGGUCGUCAUGAAACUACCACAAAACAAAAUAUGGACUCAUCAUUUCCAGGCCAUCAUGAAACUACCACAAAACAACAUAUGGUCUCAUCAUUUCCAGGCCGUCAUGAAACUACCACAAAACAAAAUAUGGACUCAUCAUUUCCAGGCAAUCACGAAACUACCACAAAACAAAAUAUGGACUCAUGAUUUCCAGGCCGUCAUGAAACUACCACAAAACAAAAUAUGGACUCAUCAUUUCCAGGCCAUCGUGAAACUACCACAAAACAAAAUAUGGACUCAUGAUUUCCAGGCCGUCAUGAAACUACCACAAAACAAAAUAUGGACUCAUCAUUUCCAGGCCGUCAUGAAACUACCACAAAACAAAAUAUGGACUCAUCAUUUCCAGGCAAUCACGAAACUACCACAAAACAGAAUAUGGACUCAUGAUUUCCAGGCCGUCAUGAAACUACCACAAACAAAAUAUGGACUCAUCAUUUCCAGGCCGUCAUGA